AUGCUCAAACAUAAUGUUGGCGACUCACCAUUGCUUAACCGCAAUUGCAGCCCAAUACUGAAUCGUCCUCUUCAAUACUCCUCACCCUCUCAAUCUAAAACACUAUCUUCCCCCUUAAUGCGGAACAAAGUGCAAAAAACGUCAUCUCCCAUGCUUUCACCCCUCACUAUAAACACUUCGGGAGCAGAAACUACAGAUCAUCGUUUCACAAGCGAGGAAGAACUGAACGAAGAAAGGAAACGAGAAAUUGCAGAGGAAAUUCUAAAGCGCUCGGAAAGCAGAAAGAUCAGAAAGAUCAAACAACAAGCAGAGGCAAAGGUUGAACAGGAGGUAAAAUUGUUAAGGGAACAAUCCAAACAGCAACAUCUGGAUCGUUUACGAGUGUUUGAGAAAUCCGAACAACAGGAAGUAGAGGCAGUAAGACAAGCAGCCAUCUCUCUUGAGGCCACACACCAUGCUAAAAGCCAAAGAAAGAAGCGGUUACUUGCUAAACUUUUCUCUUUGUACGCUAAACAACGUGCCAAUGAGGUUGCAUUCGAGAACGCUCAAAAUGACAAACUUUUAAUAUCGCUGAACCAGGUAGUAGAUUCAGCCAAAACCAAAACAAGAGAAUAUAUUGAGGAAAAAUCAGAGAAUCAUAACACGUAUUUGAAAGACCAUUUCAUCAAAAACUUUGAAAAAUUCAUUUGUAUUCCGAAGGAGCAAGAAUAUAAAGAAAUACGAGAAUCAAUUACCGAAUAUAUUUCACCUGCAAUUACGAAAAUUAAGGAAGAGCACGAACUAGCUCAACAUUCACACAAAUUGCUUUGUAACAACGAAAAGGAGAAGUAUUUCAACACACUGGCGAACAAAGUUAGAGAAUAUCACGACCACCAAUUUAACAUCUGUUGCAGUCAGAAAGUGGAGGAAAUCAAUAGAGGAAAAAAUAUUAUUCAAUUAACAGCUGACGAAAUCACAGAGUUUUUAGAGGCAGAUAUAGAAGAAUAUGAAACAGCUAUUGGAGUUGUUGAUGCUGAGCUUGAUAGAAUGAAAAAGAGAUUUUUGAAUGGAAUGAAAAAGUACAGCUUAAAAAAGAGUACAACGACAAGCAAAUUGACACUAUCAAACAACAAAUAUCUUCCUCCACAAGGUCGAACGAAACUCUAA